GUGCUCGCCUCAAUGCUCAAGCAAAUGCUCAUCGCUCAUCAGUAAUCAGUCGUCAUCUCUGUGACAGGGUGUGCCUUUGAUGGAUGCUGCUGGCUACAUAACUUCGAUAAAGUCGAUUUUGUGAGGCAGAGAAGCUCCCUCCGGUCUUGUAGCUGAACAGGCUAUCCGUCAUGACUGGAACGCUACCGCUCUACUGGAAGCUAGCCUCGGACAAGCCGUCCGAGCGGUUAGUCGCUUCUUGCCAACUCGUCGACCAGCUUCUUCAUCUUGUAGGCGAAAAUGCCAGCAAAGCGCAUUCUGUCUCAAAUUCUGCUCCCGAGCCCCAUGACAACGGCAAGCCGAAAGCAACGUCUCUAUCUACUGCGUUGCCACCUCAAGCUCGCUUGUUCAAAGAUAGUUUGACCGAUUGCUCCACUGCAAAGAGCUUGAAUAACGAAAUCCUCAGAGCAGACGUAGCUCAAGUUGCCAGGAUCGAGUUGGUACUAGAAACGGAAAUUCCCACGGAAAUUAGCUAUGCAAUCAAGAGACUCCUCCGAGGACUGGCCUCUCCAAGACAGUCGUCCAGGCUCGGCUUUGCGACGGCCUUGACCGAACUACUUUGCAAGCUACCUUCUGGAUUGCUAGGCCCAGAUGACGUUCUCACGUUGCUACUGCAUUACACAAAGAUUGAAGGCAAAGCCAGCGGACAAGAAGAGCGAGAUGGACUUUUUGCAAAGGUCUUCGCUGUGCAUUCGCUCGUUCUUUCUGGGUUGCUCUUCACGCAGGCCAAUGGGUUUUCUGCUGCUCACUCUGCGCCUAGUUCAUCGGAGUCGACAGACUUGCGCGCUUUCCAACGGGCCAUUCAUGUCCUUCAGGCCGUGGCUGCCAAGAAAGUGUGGUUGCGAGAGAGCUGUGCGUGGGUGAUUAUUCAAUCACUUAAAUCGCUUCGCUCUUGCUCACUCGCAAAAGUGCAGAAGCGGGAAGCAGUGCGCUGGCUUUGGGAGCAACUCUUCAUCCUUGCUCCAAUGACUGGUAAAAAAGCGGUGCUAACGGCGGAUAAGCUCGCGGUCCUGCUAUACAUGCAGCAGGAAAACUUUUCGGACCACUCCUCCAAGCAAGCGGUAGUGGCGCCUCUCAAAUUUGACCAAGCGCUACAUCCUGACAACGUCGAUAUCAUCGCUCGCAUUCUCAAAGGCGGCGCUGUCACUGAGGUCGGGGAUGCAGAUAAAGGCGCCGACCUGGAGACAGGGGAUGCGGAUGCAGCACAAGGGACCUGGCGCCCCGAGAUCCCGUUCGCAUGGCACGUCAUCUUCGACAUCUAUUUUGGCGAGGAUGCAGCAAGCCCCACGUCGGCUGCCGCAGUUAAGCGCGUGCCUUUCGCGACACUCUUCCGCGUUGCAGUCGAGGAAAAGCUUUUUGCUCCAUCGGCGUCAUCGGAACGCAAGCUCUGGGGUUUCAAAGUGUUCCAGAUGGCGUUGGUGCGGAUAGCCGCCAGCGCUGAGAUCACUGACUUGCAGCUCCUGUUCCAGUCCAAUAUCAUGCGGAGCUGCAUCAAUCAUCUCAGCAAGGCUGAUCGAUUUUUGCACGCAGCCGCUGUUCGAACCAUGGAGGUUCUGCAUGAAGUUGCUACCGCAAAUCCGAGCACAGCAUUGCUCUUCAUCAAGCAGUUGCUCGGAAGAUAUGGAAGCUUGCACUUUGACCGACUCACUGGUACCAAGACGGUUGAAGGGCUGCUUGCCAAGAUGGACACGAAAAGCACCAAGGAUUACUUGGACUUCGUUAUCCAAAUGGCUUGUCAAUCUCCUCAAGGCCAAGACUCUUUAAGCCCAGCUGAAAGUGACGAUGGACCACACCAGCAUGUGAGCGCCACCAUUGAUUUGCGGCGAAAGUGGGCAGUGGAGCAGAUGCACAUCCUCGUUCGCCAAACGGCCAUUCAAAAGGAUGAAGCUUGCAUCGAGUCAAUCCUCAAUUUCCUGUGCACCCAUGGGUUCGGUCGCCAGAAAAAAUCCACAACCCAGCUUCCCCUUGUUCCGAUGCCGCCCUUCUCAGCCGAUUUUCAAGAGCACUGCAGAUCGCGCUUUGUCGCUUGCCUCGGCGAACUCAACGACCAGACCACCACAGUAGUACAAGAUGUGCUCGCAAAUGGCUUGACGAGGACGUACAAGGCGCAGGGCGUAAAGAGCGGCCGCGAGCGCUGGAUCUCGAGCGCCGUGGACAUGUUUUAUCGUCUCAAGCGCGACAAGAAGAAUGUCGAUUGGCUGCUUGACGCACAGCUCGACGAGCAGUUGCAAAGCGUACACACUGCUAUAGAGGCCUUGAGGAAAACGGCUAGCAGCAGAAAAGAUUCGGAUGGAGCCCAAGAGACCCGCAUGCGCGUACUUGAGGCUCUGCUAUGCGCCGGAUUUUUCUACAGUGCUAGCAUGAACAAAUAUGAGGAUUCGACAGCUGAUUUGCUCACCUCGCUCGUUAAUUGCAAAGAUGCCGCCCUGGUGCCGGAGUUUCAAGGCGACGAGGAGACUCCCAGCUCUGCGCUGGUCUUAACUGACGCCAUCGUCAGCUGUCUCGAGCAGCCGUCGGCAUUUCUGCGCUCUGCUGCCUUGCAGGCUUUCGGAGUAUUAACAGACUUGAUUGACGUUGCGGCUAUUGAUCAUAUUAUCGAGCAAUUCAACCUCGGUGCGGAGGGAGAAGUGGAAGAGGAGGCGUCCGACGAAGAAAAUGCACCUAUGUUCCCUGCAGACGCCAUCGAGGUUGCGGAGAUGACGUCGGACACAAGCUUCGAAGAAAGCGAAGAAGAUGAAGCAGACGAAGACGUAGCUGAAGUUGUUAACGAAGAGUUCCGCGCAAAGGUGCAGGCGGCGCUGCGGGAAGCCAACAUUGCUGAUACAGAGGAUGUCGAUGGUGAAAAUGACAGCGAUGGCGAUCACAGCUCUGAUUCUGGCAGCGAGGUGUCCGACCUGGGUGACGAGCAGAUGCUUGCACUCGACGAAAAGCUCGCACAGAUCUUCAAGUUGCAAGCGUCGAACAAGAAAGCUGAGCAGAAUGCGAAGGUUCAAGCCAUGGCUUUCCAGAAUCGGCUAUUAGAUCUCCUUGACAUCUUCGCGCGCAAGCAGGCCUGCAACAUUCUCCUGCUGCGUCUCUUCAAGCCGCUUCUGCAGCUCGUCAAGGAUUCUCAGAAAGACGAGCAGCAGUUACGCAACAAGGCUGCCGGAUUGCUGCAGAAUCGCAUCUGCAAGGCCAAGGAAGUAGUAUCGCUUUCACGUGAGGAGACACCGGAAGCGCUGGAGCUGCUCAAGUACAUCCAUGCCGAGGCGCGCUCCUCGACUGCGUCAGGGGCAGAUGCACAUUUGACACCUCUGCAUUCUGCAGCGAAUCUCUACCUGACUAAGGCAUUGCUUGGCUCCUCGGAUGAUCACGCCAACAUUGCGCCGGACAUCACGGAUGUGUAUGCGGAUACUCUAGCCGAAUUUGUUGAACGAAAGCGCAGCGCUGUCAAGCCCGUGUUCGUGUCUGACGCUUUCAAAUGCUGUCCUUCCGUAAGCUGGACUCUGCGCGAUCGCAUCCUGGCCGCAUGCAGGCCUGGUCUCGGCGCUGGGACAUUCAAACAGGUUCAGGCUUUCCAGCUGCUACAGACGAUGGUCACACAGCAGGCGCAGUUAGCGCAGCAGGCUUACAAAAACAAUAAGGAGCUGCUCGAGUUCCUCCCUGAGGUCGCGCGAACGGUUAUUGUAACUCUGCGCGCAGCGUGUACAUCCAGUGACGAGGGCGACAGUGCGGGCGCGGGUGAGAGUGCUGCUGGUGGGAUGACGAUGAACGCCGCUCGCUUGAAAGAAGUGCUCAAAUUCGGCAUGCAAGCUGCGCGCAUCACCCAACGUGCCGUCACUUCGGCAGGAGACCUCGCUGAGAAGGACAACGAGAAGAUCAGGAGCACAAGCAAAGACGAAGGAGAAGUGCACGUCAGCGGAGGACAUGCGCAUAUGCUGGCUCGUGUGUGGAACACUGAGAAGCUCCGCGAAGUGGACACUUUGCUCGCGACGAGCAGCCGCUUUGCUCCUUCACCAAGCGUGCGCUCGUUGUGGAAGCAGCUGCUGGGCAUCCUUUCUAUUCGCUUUGUCGCGCCAGUAGCGGCGCCUACUGGUUCGACAGUGUUGUCAGGUUCAAAUACUGCUGGUGCUGCUUCAACAAAGAAUGGCAAGGGUGCCAAUGGGAAGGAGUUACAAAGCUCCGAAUUCGCUGGACAGAAGCGCAAGCAUGGGGAAGGUUUGGACGAUUCGCGGCCGCCGCCAAAGAAUCAGAAGAAGAAAAGCGCGGAGCCGAGAGCAGGACUUCCGGACGAAACGGUGCAAGGGAAGAAGCAGAAGAAGAGCAAGGCCCUUGUCCCGGCUUGAGAAUGAUGGUCGCGCCUCGGUAGAUGAGAGAAUGAUGAUGUCUGUUCGGAAUGCAUGUAUUUCAAUAGAUUUGCAUUCAAGUCGCC